GAGGGAAGCCGAGGGCGCAUGCCGAUGCGCGGCUAUAAAUCUCCCGCGCCCGGCGCUCGUGCGGGAUUUCCGGAGCAUUGGCUCGACAUGGCUUUCCCGCCCCCGAAAGAAGGUGUUGGCAGGACCUCCAAGGACUGCUGGGACAACUCAGCUGUUCCAGCUCUCACCACAUGCAGCAACGCAGAUAUUUUUCGACGAAUAAAUGCCAUGCUAGAUAAUUCUCUGGACUUCAGCGGUGUCUGCACAACACCCAUCACAAAAGAAAGGAGGGAGCUACUGCCAGAGUUUCCAGACUCCGAGGGAACAGGAACAGCGAGCAGGAUGCUCUUCCCCCCGUCUGCCCAGGAGUCUCCGCGUGGCCUCCCAGACGCCAGUGACCUGUGCCUUGGAUUGCAGUCCCUUAGCCUGCCAGGGUGGGAUAGGCCAUGGAGUACCCAGGAUACGGAUGCUGCAGCCCAGCCAAGCACGCAGUCUGUUCUCAACAUGCUGGGCAAUCCUUUUGGGAAGCCAUCUCUGGGUUUCCUGCCACUAGAUCCCAUUGGCUCAGAGCUGAGCGAGAACCUUCCAACUCCAACUUUGAGGGCCUCCCGCUUGGACAGCAGUCGGUCCCUCCUGUAUUCUCGUUCCAGCAGUCCCUCUGACUCUGACACUAGUGGAUUCAGCUCUGGAUCCGACCAUCUCUCCGAUCUGAUCUCCAGUCUCCGCAUCUCUCCUCCUCUGCCGUUCUUGCCUAUUGGAGGCAUAACCAGAGAUUCCUUAAAUGGAGCAGGAUCUCACCUGGAUCAGGAGCAGGCUGCCUUGGCUGCUGUCACGUCCACCCCAACCAGCAUGCCCAAGCAGUGGCCUGGGGCCUCCACCUGGCCAUCCUGGAACAUAACGGAUUCCCCGGAGGAUCCCUUCAGCAUUGAAAGGGAAGCCAGACUCCAUAAGCAAGCCGCAGCUGUGAAUGAGGCAACCUGCACAUGGAGCGGGCAGCUCCCACCUCGAAACUACAAAAACCCCGUUUACUCCUGCAAGGUGUUUAUAGGAGGCGUUCCCUGGGACAUCACAGAAGCGGGUCUAAUCAGCACCUUCCGUGUGUUUGGCUCGUUGAGAGUGGAGUGGCCUGGUAAGGAUAGCAAGCAUCCCCGCUGCCCUCCCAAAGGUUAUGCCUACCUGGUGUUUGAAUCAGAGAAAUCUGUGCGUGCUCUGCUCCAGAAUUGCUCCCGAGAUAUGUUGAGCCCCAGUGGCCUGAGCGAGUACUAUUUCAAGAUGUCUAGCCGUAGGAUGCGGUGCAAGGAGGUGCAGGUGAUCCCGUGGGUCUUGGCAGAUAGCAAUUUUGUGCGCAGCCCAACUCAGAGGCUUGAUCCUGGCAAAACAGUCUUUGUGGGAGCCCUUCAUGGGAUGCUGAAUGCAGAGGCCUUAGCAGGAAUCCUCAAUGACCUGUUCGGAGGGGUUGUGUAUGCAGGUAUUGACACAGACAAGCACAAGUAUCCAAUUGGAUCUGGCCGUGUCACCUUUAACAACCAGCGCAGCUAUCUGAAAGCAGUGAGUGCUGCGUUUGUGGAGAUCAAAACAACCAAGUUUACAAAAAAGGUUCAGAUUGAUCCGUAUCUAGAAGAUGCCAUGUGUCAGGUCUGCAGAUCUCAGCCCGGUCCUUUCUUCUGUAGAGAUCAGGUGUGCUUCAAAUACUUCUGUCGCUCUUGCUGGCACUGGAAGCAUUCCAUGGAGAUCUUACACCACCACCGUCCACUGAUGCGCAACCAGAAGAACCGAGAUGCCAGCUAGAGCAGCGGCUGAGAGCUGCUCCUGUUUGCCGGGCAAAGCUCUUCUGUUACUUGCCACAGGGAAGAGAAGCCCACCGAUCCUAGUUGGUGCCACACCCGGGCUGGGGGAGAUGCCCGUCUGAAGGACUAACGGGGAAUCUUGCCUUCACGUUUGCACUCGCUGGUCUUUCUUUGUUUCUGCACUAAUGCACAGUGAAAUUUUUUUGUCAGGGGUUUGGGGGUUUUUGUGAGGGGAGGGCCCCUCAAACAAUUCUGCAGUUCCCAGACUUUGGUUCCUUGCUUGCUGACAAGAAGCCUCAAGGGACCAUCGGUUGAGAAGGUGUUGAAUGCAGAUGCCUUCGCCUCAAUUUCUUAUUUAUCAAGGGCCCUUUUUUUACAUUUCUUGCAAUACUGAUGGUAGAAUGCAUAAUAAUGCAGGUCUCAUUGGCUCCACUUUGUUUGCAGUUGCCAUACAGUGCCUUUCCAUUCGUUUAACCUUCCCCCCCCCCACCUUCCCCAUCUGAACGGAAUAAACUGAAUGUUCAGCUGGUGUUUUUUACUGUAACAACAAGGAGACUUUGUUCUUCACUUAAAACCAAAAUCAUAUUUCAUAUUUUACGCUCCAGGAUUUUUACCAGUUCCUUUUUACACUCUUGAAAUGGUUUUUAAGUCGUUUGAGACUAGAUUUUUUUCUUUCCUGGCAGCUUUUAACAUCAUUGCAACUUGUGUCUGGGAGCUGUUAGUUUAAAAAAAAAAAAAAAGUUUCCCAGUUGUGAAUAGCAGUAUUUACAACCCGAGAAGGAUAGGAUAUUUUGGAUUUUGAAACUGGACCGGAUAAAUGGAUCUUUGAUCUGCUGUAUAUAGUUCGUUGCACUUUAAGUUGCACUUCAGGGGGCUUGACAAAGGUUUUUAAUCACAAAGUCACAAGACUUCAAUUUUCUUUUUAUAUCUAAGCUGAUUCAAGGGCUGCGCUUGGUUGGGCCAGCAAAGGUUUUACUAGGAGCCCUUUUCUGUUUUAGAGGGGCAAGAAGCCCCCUCAGGAGCAGGGAGUGCAGCCCACAGAUUGUGCUGGGAGUUGAAGUUUUGAUUUUGUUUUAUUUUUUUUCCCCUCUCUUGGAAGCUGUGUGCCAAAGAACGAGUGUUAUAAGUUCUCCCUUUUUCCUGCUGAGCUCAUGUUGCAUAUUCCAGCUGCUCUUUGUGGGUUUUUUGUGAAGCAGUAUGUGAAGUCUCUACCUCAUUGUAGCAUAUGCAGGCAAGACUGCAUUCUCCUACAGAUGCGUGGAGUAAGCUGUGAUGUAGUUCUUGGCACAUAAUAAACACGUUGCAGCAGA